AUGUUUUCAUCAAAUGAUCGUUCUACACGACUGACUUGUGGGUUUAAGGUAAACACAAGUUCCACAGAGUGGCACAAGAGCAUGACAAAGAUCUUAAAGACGAUCAAAGGUGGGGGUUUUGCGUUAGACGCGGACAAAGGAAUGGCCUACGUUUCGGGUCGAGCAGAUCCAAACAAACUCCUCAAACUAAUGGGUUCGCUAAAAGGCAGAUCAGCUCAAAUGGCGUUUCUGCAAACGUGUGGACAUCGUCAUCAUCAUCCUCAUGAUCCCAAUCUUUUCCAUAACAGCUACUUCAACGUCCAAUCACCGUCCUGCAACAGCUAUUGGCCGAGUGAUUUGGGUUUGCAACCUUACCAUCAUCAAUAUUCAUAUCCUGGAUAUAAUGAUUGCGCUUACUAUUACGGUUCAUAUUAG